AAAGGACAAAGGUGUCUUCCUUCCAGGCUGCCUUUUAAGUGACAAAAAGAGGGUUGUGUGCUUGGGUGUAGUGAUAAGAGCUUUUAUCUGUGGUGGAUUUUGCUGCUGGUGGCUCCUAAUUCACUUUUUUGCAUCCUGUAGGCACUGGGGAGAGUGGGAAGAGCACGUUCAUUAAGCAAAUGCGUAUAAUUCAUGGCUCAGGCUACUCUGAAGAGGACAAAAAAGGCUUCACCAAGCUGGUGUACCAAAACAUCUUCACUGCCAUGCAGUCUAUGAUAAGAGCCAUGGAAACCCUGAAGAUUCUGUAUAAAUAUGAACAGAACAAGGCCAAUGCAGUGCUGAUCAGAGAAGUGGAUGUAGAAAAGGUCAUGACAUUUGAGCAGCCAUAUGUAAGUGCAAUUAAAACAUUGUGGAAUGACCCUGGAAUACAAGAGUGUUAUGACAGGAGAAGAGAAUAUCAACUUUCUGACUCAGCUAAAUACUAUCUCAGCGAUGUGGAUCGUAUUGCCACCCCAGGAUAUCUACCAACUCAGCAAGAUGUGCUACGGGUUAGAGUCCCUACAACCGGGAUCAUAGAGUACCCCUUUGACCUAGAGAACAUUAUCUUCAGAAUGGUGGAUGUUGGAGGUCAGAGAUCAGAACGAAGGAAGUGGAUCCAUUGCUUUGAAAAUGUGACUUCCAUCAUGUUUUUAGUAGCACUUAGUGAAUAUGACCAAGUUCUGGUGGAAUCUGAUAAUGAGAACCGGAUGGAAGAGAGCAAAGCUCUCUUUCGAACCAUUAUAACUUAUCCAUGGUUCCAAAACUCUUCUGUUAUCCUCUUUCUCAACAAGAAAGAUUUGUUGGAAGACAAGAUCCUGUAUUCCCACCUUGUUGACUAUUUCCCAGAGUUUGAUGGCCCACAGAGGGAUGCCCAGGCAGCCCGUGAGUUCAUCCUCAAGAUGUUUGUGGAUUUAAAUCCCGACAGUGAUAAAAUCAUCUAUUCCCAUUUCACAUGUGCCACAGACACAGAAAACAUCCGUUUCGUCUUUGCAGCUGUCAAGGACACCAUCCUACAGCUCAACCUGAAGGAAUAUAACCUGGUUUGACCUGCUCUGCUCUUGCCCCUUGAGAGGCUUCUUUGUGAAGAAAAGACAAAAAAAAAAAAAAAAAAAAAAAAAAAAAAAGAAAUUUUAAAUAUGACAGGAUAAAAAAAAAAAGUUUUAAUUUUUGAUGAUGUAAUGAUUGCAAAUUGUCUGAUCUGUGGAGUGGCAAGUGCUCGGUGUUACCCUGGAGUCUCAUGUCUCUGUCCACAGAGUAGUUGAUUUCAUAUUUUUAACAAAUUGCUUUUAUGUCACAGUUAACGGGGAUAUGCCUCAUUUCUUCAGCACCUUGCUUACUUCUUAAUUUUUGCCAAGCAGCUAAGGCAGCCUCAUCUUGAUCUUUCUUUUGUUGCUAAGCCACUUUUAUUUUUUUUUGUUUUAAUUUUAUUUUUUUCCCCCUUUCAUUCCCGUGGUAUAUGUAGAGAAAAACAAAAAAUCCCCAACACUUUCCAGCUGAGAUUGUGAAUUCACUGGACUGUGGGAGUGCAGAAUGCUACUGGUCCCUUUGCCUUGUGCUCUAGGGUGCCUCUGGUGUAAUUAAUUUGCUAAUCCUGCUUCUUUCCCUUCCUAUUUUCCCUUUCCUUCCCCAGGACACGCUCCAUGGUUCACUGUGAUGAAAUGUUGGGGAGGAGCAAUUGCUCUCCAACUAUUGUGCAAAAAAAAAAAAAAGAAAAAGGCAAAACAAACAAACAAAAAAA